AUGAGGAGGAUUAGAGAAACACUCAGCAAUAAGAAGGUCCUGGUGGUUUUGGAUGACAUUGAUAAGAAAGAGCUCAUUAAUAAUCUAAUAGGAAAUUCCAAAUUAUAUCCAGGAUCUAGGAUAAUCGUUACAACAAGAAACACUUGUGUUCUAGAAGUUGAGGGAUUUAAGGGUGAAACUCAACAGUAUGAGAUGUUAAAGAUGGAUGCCGGUUCUGCACUUCAGCUUUUUGGUUGGCAUGCCUUUAGUGGAGACUUUCCUUCGGAUGAUUAUCGCCAGCUUUCAAGUGACAUUGUCUCAACUACGGGAGAGCUUCCAUUAGCUAUUCAAGUGAUAGGUUCAUUGCUCAAGGGGAAACGCCAAGAAAUUUGGGAAGAGACAUUGGAAAAGUUAAGGAAUGUUCCUACGAAAGAGAUUUUAGAGAAGUUAAGGAUUAGCUAUGAUGAUCUAGAAGAACAUCAAAAACAAAAUUUUCUUGAUAUAGCGUGCUUCUUUGUCAAUGAGAAUAAGACCGAUGCAAUUUACAUGUGGAUCGAUUGUGAAUUUUAUCCAAAGGGAGGAAUUGAAGUCCUUAUGGAUAGGUGCUUGAUAAAGAUAUUAGACAAUGAUAACUUCUGGAUGCAUGAUCAACUUAUAGCAUUGGGGAGGCAAAUUGUCCGUGAAGACAGUCAAGAUGACUAUGGAAAGCAGAGUAGAUUGUGGAUUCCAGAGGAGGCCCUUCAAAUCAUAAGAACCGAAAAGGUAAGUUAA